AUGGUUGUGUGGACAGGACGAAAAAGUGGGGAGGCGGCGAGUGGAACGAUAACCGCGCAAGUGUCUUGUUGGCCCCCCACGAUGGAGACUUUAUACAGCAUCCCGUUCACCGUGCUCGAAUGCCCCAACGUGAAGCUAAAGAAGCCGUCCUGGCUGCACAUGCCGUCGGCCAUGAGCGUGUACGCGCUGGUCAUCGUGUCCUACUUUCUCAUCACCGGAGGGAUCAUUUACGACGUGAUCGUGGAGCCGCCCAGCGUGGGCUCGAUGACGGACGAGCACGGACACCAGCGGCCGGUGGCGUUCCUGGCGUACAGGGUCAACGGCCAGUACAUCAUGGAGGGCCUGGCUUCCAGUUUCCUGUUCACCAUGGGAGGCCUGGGCUUCAUCAUCCUGGACCGCUCCAACGCGCCCAACAUCCCCAAGCUCAACCGCUUCCUGCUACUCUUCAUCGGCUUCGUCAGCGUCAUCCUCAGCUUCUUCAUGGCCCGGGUGUUCAUGCGCAUGAAGCUGCCCGGUUACCUCAUGGGGUGAACGUACCCCGCCGCCGCGCUCCAGCGCGGACCGUCGUCACAAUGACGCAUCGUGAGGAUUCACGGUGGACUUGAACACGUUGCUGCCGAAAACCCGAGAGAGAGAAACAACCACCAACUCAAGUGAAGUGGGAUUCCCCCCCCCCCACUCCCUUUUCUUUUUCCUACUAGCCAGUUGACUUUUUUUUUUUUUU